UCAAAUAGCCGCUGCUUCGUGCGGAUUGAAGGGAAUCCUGAAGUUGUCCGCCCAUUUUGAUGUGUCAAGCCAGUAUCCUCAGUAGCCUUUACUUUUACUUUCGAUUCUACGCAUCGCAGUAAGUCGACACUGCCCACUCUCCCCUCUCUAUCUCUCUGCAUGCUGCUCCGCACGACCAGGCUUGUCAGGAUCCCAAAUCGACAUUCCUAUGCAUUUCAAUUUCCCUUUAUGUUUUCCUCUCUAUCCCUUCAAUCUUCAUCUAAUCAAACCACUGAAGGCACUGCCUUUCACAUUUCAAAUCUGAUUAAUAAACCCAAUUGGGAACAUGACAAGACCCUCAAGUCACUGGCGUCUCAUAUGACCCCACAUCUUGCUGGUAAGAUUAUUGGGCUUCAAAGUAACAAUGUUGAACUUGGGGUUAGAUUUUUCAAGUGGGUUUGCAGACAAUCCUCAUAUUGUUAUGAUUUGGAUGGGAGAAUCCAGUUGUUGGGUGUUUUGGUUUCUCGUGAUCUUUUUGGGGUUGCACAGAAGGCUGUGGUUUUGUUGAUUCAGGAGUGUGAAGACAGUGAAAAUGGAGUUGUGAAGCUAAUGGGUGCUCUUGAUGGGAUGACAGAGCUGGGGUUUAGACUUAGUUACCCUUGUUACAGCACUCUAUUGAUGUGUUUGGCUAAGUUGAAUAUGGGUUUUGUAGCAUUUCUGGUUUAUAGGAGAAUGGUGAAUGAGGGGUUUGUUCUUGGUGGGAUUGACUACAGGACUGUUGUCAACGCUCUAUGCAAGAAUGGGUUUGUACAAGCUGCUGAAAUGUUCUGUUGCAAGGUUUUGAGACUUGGGUUUGGCCUGGAUACUCAUGUUUGUACUUCUCUGGUGUUGGCUAAUUGUAGGAGAGAUGAUCUCGGAGAAGCCUUCCGAGUGUUUGAGAAAAUGUCCAAAGAGGAAAGCUGUAGGCCCAAUAGUGUCACCUACUCAAUAUUGAUACACGGUUUGUGUGAAGCGGGUAGACUUGAAGAAGCCUUUCAAUUGAAGCAAGAGAUGGUUGAGAAAGGUUGCCAACCAAGUACCCGAACCUACACGGUCCUCAUCAAAGCUAAGUGUGAUAUUGGAAUGACUGAUAAGGCUAUGAAGAUGCUUGAUGAGAUGGCUACAAAGGCAUGUGUACCUAAUGUUCACACAUACACUAUACUGAUCGAUAGAUUAUGUAGAGAAGGAAAGAUUGAGGAGGCCAAUGGGGUGUUCAGAAAGAUGCUAAAACAUGGGCUAUGUCCUGGUAUAAUAACUUUCAAUGCACUGAUAAAUGGUUACUGCAAGGAAGGAUGGGUUGUUUCUGCUUUUCAACUACUUUCUGUGAUGGAGAAAGGGAACUGUAAACCGAAUAUUCGUACCUACAAUGAACUUAUGGAAGGAUUGUGUAGGGUUAGUAAAUCUUACAAAGCAUUUUUGCUAUUGAGAAGGGUGGUUGAUAAUGGUUUGUUGCCUGACAGAGUAACCUAUAACAUUCUGGUUGAUGGGUUUUGCAAGGAAGGUCAACUCAAUAUGGCUUUUAAUAUAUUUAAUUCAAUGAACUCAGCUGGCCUUGAACCAGAUGGUUUUACUUUCACUGCAUUAAUUGAUGGUCUCUGUAAACUGGGGAGACUAGAACAGGCAAAUGGAAUUUUGGGUUCAAUGGUGAAGAAGGGAAUAUCCCUCGAUGAGGUUACAUUUACAGCACUCAUAGAUGGGCAUUGUAAGAUUGGUAAGGCUAAAGAUGUAUGUUUUCUUUUUGAGAAUAUGGUGGAGAACAGAUGUUUGACAACAGCUCAUACAUUCAACUGUUUUCUUGAUGCACUCGGCAAAGAUUAUAAGUUGAAUGAGGCAAAUGCAAUGCUUGGGAAGAUGAUGAAGUAUGGAUUAGUUCCUUCUGUUGUGACUCAUACAAUAUUAAUCGAGGGACACUGCCGAGCUGGUGAGACUGCCCUCUCUUUGAAAAUGCUAGAACGGAUGAAACAAGCUGGCUGCUCCCCUAAUGUCUAUACUUAUACUAUCAUUAUUAAUGGUCUCUGCAAUAAUGGAAGAGUAGAGGAAGCAGAAACUAUUCUCUUUAGUAUGUCUAGUUUUGGAGUAUCUCCCAACCACUUUACAUAUGCUGUAUUAGUUAAAGCACAUGUUAAAGCUGGUAGAUUAGAUCGUGCCUUUCAAAUUGUGAGUACCAUGGUUAAAAAUGGUUGUCAACCUAACAGUCAUAUUUAUUCUGCACUUCUUUCAGGAUUUGUUUUGUCAAACACUGCUAUUGGAGCACGAGCACUAAGUUCUACUGGUGACUUGGAUGCUAGAUCAUUAUCUUCAGAGGAGAAUGAUAAUAAUUGUUUAUCCAGUCAUGUUUUUAGACUAAUGGAUGUUGACCAUGCUCUAAAAAUUAGAGAUGAGAUUAAGAAAUGUGGUGUGCCUACUGAAGAUUUGUACAAUUUCUUAGUUGUGGGCUUAUGCAAAGAGGGAAGAAUUAUUGAAGCAGAUCAACUUACCCAAGAUAUGGUGAAACAUGGUCUAUUUCCUGAUAAGGCCAUUUCUUCCAUCAUUGAACACUACUGCAAGACUUGCAAAUAUGAUAAUUGCCUUGAAUUCAUGAAAUUAGUUCUAGAUAAUAAAUUUGUUCCAUCUUUUGCAUCUUACUGUUGGGUGAUUCAUGGUCUACGCAAUGAGGGGAGGGUUCAAGAAGCUCAAAAGCUGGUCUCUGAUCUUGUCAGGCACACUGGUAUUGAGGAGGAAGUUGAAGUUACACCUUCUAUCGAGUUCCUAAUGAAGGAAGAGGAAGAUGAUCCUGACAAAUGCCUCAAGCUCAUAAAAGCGAUUGAGCAAGUGCAUUACAAAGAGAGGCCAAUUAUCUAAGUACCAGCCCUUUCUCAGUUUCUGAGAAUGAUGCCUGUUAAUAGAGGCAUGGAAUAUCAAGUUGGAUUCAUGAUUCAGACGACAUGUCUGAUAAGACUGUAACAAGGUCUGCAAGGCAUUGUAUCUCCACAGACAUAGGAGCAUAAUCAAUAGCUUAACUGAAGCAUGAAAGGAAUAGGUCGUAUCGUGAAUACAUCAUAAGGAGUUAAGUUUUUGUAUGUUUGCUUGGAUGAAACAUGAGGAUGUUCAUGGUGAUUGAAGGGCCAAGAGUAUAUUUUGAAAUUGGCCUGAACAGAUGACUUGCUAUGCAACUACCUAUGUUUUGUCUAGUAUGCAAUUGGUCAGACCGAGUUUGUCAUCAAUCUAAGUGGAAGGGUUUAGAGUAUCAAUAUCAAAGCAACCCAACCCACUUCCGAGGCUGGUCCAUUCAACUAGAUAAGAUAUUCCAUGCACACACAAAUAGUUAUGGUUCGUGGUUGGCUUGGCUUGCUUCGCCUUACAGUCUCAGUCCAAGUCCAACUCUAACCUCACCUCUCAUUAUUUCCCAAUUUACUAACUGAUAACCAAGGGCCUCAGGGAUCAUCUUUUAGAUGUGAGAAGAUAGUCUAUGUUCUUCAUGUCCUACGGCUCAGCUAUAGCAACAGAGAUGGGAAGCACCUCUUUUGUGUUCAAAAUUUCAUUUUUCCCAUAGGCAUGAUAGUGUUAACAUUGUGGCUAGCAAUUUUGACUUGAAGAUCAAAACAAACUCUUGUUUUCAACCACAUGCUUUUAGCGUUUUCAUAACUUUAAAUAUAGAAGUUUCUGUAUCCACCCUGUUGGUGCACAGCUUCAUGCUUACAUAUUAUAGGCGGGAACACCCUAGUUAUUUUCCUAAUGGGUCAUGAUUCUGCUUCCCCAGUUAAAUGCCGCUGUCUGGGCAACUCUUUUCUCAGGAUGAUCUUUACCUGGUUCUCCAAUGGUUGCAAGUAGCAAUUAGAUUAAACUUGUAUUAGUCAGCAAUCACAUAACUACUGAAACAGGUACUCAAUAGACUAUGAAACAAUGUUGGAGACCAAA